AUGGCGCUUACGGAGAGAAAAGUUUCUUUUGGGGGCGUACACGCCGCUGAGGGGGAUGGGGGUGGGAAUGGGAAUGAUUAUUCGGAGUUGGAUAGGAUGAGGGAGAGUAGAGAUCGAGGGAUUGAGGAGAGGAACGAGAGGGAGAGGUUGUAUAGGGAGGAGAUGAAGAAGAAGAAAGAGGGUAGAAAAGAAAUUGAGGAGGAAGAGAAAUUGUGGGUUCAUUGGGAGAGAUGGAGACUUAGUUUUUGGUUGGUCAUCUUCAACCUCUUCUUCGCCAUCCCCGUCGCAUACAUCAUUGCCAAAUACGCCAUUCCGGCUCCCUGGCGCUGGUCGGUAUUUCUCCUCUCUCACCACGCACUUCUUCUUUGUGCAUAUGAAUUCGCGAUGAAUGUGCAAGAGCGCAUGGUGGGCAUGGCUAUUCGGGAAGCGGAGGAGGAGAGGGAGUUGGAGCAGUGGGAUGAUGUGGUUGCGAAGCUGGAGACGGUAUUGGAGGAGAGUAGGAGGAAUAGGAGGGUUAUGGAGGGGGUGGUGGUGGAGAUUGGAGCGCUGGAGGAGGAGGACGUUACGGGAGAGAAAGAGAAGAGGCGGAGAGAAAUUUGUACGGCGAGAAAGAGGAUAGGGGAGAAGAUUAGCGAGUUGGAGGGGUGGGAGAAGAGAGGAGUUAGGAUUGAUAGGGAACUUUUGGGUGCGUUGAAGAAGGAGAGACAUGAGUUGUGGUAUGAGACGACGUUUGUUUCGCCUGAAGAUACGAAGAGCGUGUGGUUUAGAAAGUCGUGGAGAGAAUUGUGUGAUGCGGACGGGGUCUUGGAGGAUUAG